AUGGAUGAAGCACAUGUUCAACAUGGCUCUGUGCCAAAGCAGUCGAGGGUUCAAAGGCUUCUCCAUGAGCCGUGGGCUCAGCUCAUCUUGAUCUCAAUCAUAUCAUUCUGCAACCCAGGCAUGUAUAAUGCCCUCACCGGCAUGGGUGGUUCGGGCCAAGUCGACGGCACCGUCGCCGCCAACUCCAACGUCGCUACCCAUGCUGCCACCGCCGGUGCUGCUUUACUCUUAGUUGGUGCGUUUUACAAAUAUCUAGGGCCUCGGGCCUCGCUCCUCCUGGGAGGCUGGACAUAUGCUCUCUACGCCGGCUCGCUCCUCAACUUCAACCGAACUCAGAACGGAGCCUUUGUCAUUGCCGCAGGCGCUUUGCUUGGUCUUGGAGCCGCAUUCUUCUGGGUCGCUCAAGGCACCGUCAUGGUGACUUAUGCCAAUGACGGGACUCGUGGGAGGGCGAUUGGCGUGUUCUGGGUCAUAUUCAACCUCGGCGGCGCCAUUGGCUCGCUCAUCAGUUUCGCGCUCAACUUCCACUCCAAGUCCGGCACCGUCACCGACUCAACGUAUGUCGCCUACAUUGUUGUCAUGCUCUUUGGGUGGUCGCUCUCUGUACUCGUCUGCUCGACCGAGGCACUGUCAUCCAAGUAUGCCGGCACUCGCAUCGCCCGCGAAUCCAAGGCCGUCACCUGGGCCAACCUGAAGCAGUCUAUGCUCCAAACCGCCAGAAUCGUGCUGAACUGGAGAAUCAUGUGCCUGUACCCCAUGUUCUUCAAUGCGAAUGUUUUCUAUUCGUACCAGCAGAAUAACGUUAAUGGACAGACCUUCAAUCUGCGAACCCGAUCACUCAAUGGCGCUCUUUACUGGAUUGCCCAGAUGUUUGGCGGACUUCUAAUGGGCCUUAUUCUCGACAUGCGCAGAUUUAAUCGCAAAUCCAGCGCCCUUACAGGCUGGGCCGUCCUCUUCACCACCGGUAUGGCCAUCUGGGGUGGCGGGUAUAAAUUCCAGCUCUGGAACGAUGAACGGUUACGUCACGGGCACAAGCAGGAUAUUGAUUAUACGGAUGGAAGUAGGUUCCUUGGACCCAUGUUUUUGUACUUCUUUUACGGCAUGUACGAUUCUUUCUGGCAGUCUUACUGCUACUGGAUCAUUGGCGCGCAGUCACAUAACCCUGUGGUGAAUGCGGUUAUUGUUGGCACCUAUUCGGCGUUGAAACCAGCUGGAGGUUCAAUGGCGUGGAGGGUAAAUGCUGAGGGAUACUCUGCUAUGACGCAGUUUGCAAUGAACUGGGGUUUGAGCAUUGGCAGCUUGGUAGUGGCAGUUCCGGCUGUGCUAGCUGUUGGGAGGGAGUUAUUGGUUGAAGAAGAGAGUAGCAAUGAGGAACAGGUAAAUGAAAAGAUGACUGGUCUUGCGUAG